CCUCUCACAGUGAGUGCAGUGCUGUCAACCACAAAGAUUUGCUUUGUCUCUCUUUACCGGUGCAGGUGCUUCUAACCCAGCUGCAUGCUGAGUGCCUGGACAGUUUUUAGCGUAAAAAGAUGAGUGACUCACUGGAGAGGACAACAGAAUGCCCUCUAGCAACGCUCGGAGAGGAGCCCUGUCCAGAGGAUAAAGAGGAUGUACCAGAAGCGAGUGAAGUAUGCUGGCAAGAUGGAGGACUACCAGUGGAGCUUCAGAGAGGGAUGGAGAGCCUGCGAGUCAACAAAGAGCUGACUGACGUGACGCUGUGUGUUCAAGGACACAACUUUGCCUGCCACAGAGCCAUUCUUGCUGCUGCCAGUCAAUAUUUUCGGGCCAUGUUUUGCAGCGGUCUCAAGGAGAGCCACGAGGACUGUGUGGAAAUGAAAGGGGUUGACAGCGGAACGAUGAGCUCUCUGCUGGAGUACACAUACACCAGCAAGGCCCUCCUCACCCACUCAAAUGUCCAGAGGAUACUCGAGGCCGCCUGUCAGUUUCAGUUCCUGCGUGUGGUAGAUGCAUGUACUGGAUUUCUGAGCAAGUCUAUGCAACUGGACACCUGCGUUGGGAUCCUGAACCUGGCUGACAGCCACGCCCUGCCAGCCCUGAAGACCAAGGCUCAGGACUACAUCAGCGCUCAGUUCUCUCAGGUGGUCACGCAGCAGGACUUCUUGGAGCUGCCAGCAGAGUCUCUGGAGGCCAUCUUGCAGAGGGACGACCUCGACGCGAAGUUUGAGGAGUGUGUGUUCGAAGCGCUGAUGUGCUGGGUGAGGGCCCGGCAGGAUGAGCGCUAUCCAUCACUGGCCAGGUUGCUUUCCCGUGUGAGGCUCCCUUUGUUGGAGCCGGCGUACUUUGUGGAGAAAGUGGAGUCAGAUGAGCUGAUCCGUGGCUGCGCUGAGGCCUUUCCUCUGCUGCAGGAGGCCCGGCUCUACCACCUCUCAGGCAGGGAGGUGGUCUCAGAACGAACCAAACCCCGUGAGCAGUUCUUUCUGUCAGAGGUGUUCUUGAUUAUCGGAGGCUGCACUAAAGAUGAACGCUUUGUUUCUACCGUCACCUGGGGCAAAGAGACACAGCAUGAUGUUUGGAAAUAUAAUGGCGCCCUGGACAAGUGGAUCCAAAUCGAGUCCCUGUCAACCGGACGGUGGAGACACAAGAUGGCGGUUCAUAGUGGGAAGGUGUACGUGCUUGGAGGAUUUGAUGGAGUACAGAGACAUGCUAGUGUAGAGUCAUAUGAUCCUUUUCAUAAUCGUUGGACUCAGGUGACACCUCUCGCGCUGGGUGUUAGCUCAUUCGCAGCAACAAGCUUUGACAAAUGGAUCUAUGUGAUUGGCGGGGGCCCUAACGGAAAGCUAGCCACAGAUCAGGUUCAAUGCUGGCAACCAGGAUCAGAAGGCUGGGAAUUCCGGGCACCAAUUCCCAUUGAAACUAAAUGCACAAAUGCGGUUACGUUCAAGAACUGCAUCUAUGUAGUUGGUGGCGCCAUGCAUGCCAUGUACUGCUACUCCCCUUUGGCUGACUCCUGGUCCCUUGUGACCCGUCUGGGGGAGAGGGCAAGCUGUGCCAUCGCCGCCUGCAACAACAAACUUUUCAUCACGGGAGGAAGGGACAACAAGAACCAAGUCAUCUCCACAGUGAUGUGCUGGGAUGUUGCUCAAGGGCUGUUGACAGAGGAGUGUGUACUACCUAUGGGAGUGUCGCACCAUGGCAGCGUGACACUCAUGAAGUCCUACACACACAUACACAAAAUUACUCCUCCAUCAGAGUGCCAGUGACACAGGCCUCUGCUAACUGGACUAAUGUUGCUGGGGUUGGCGGUUAAAUGUUGCAGGGUAAUUGUACCCAUAUGCUCAGUUUAGUUGCCUUGUUUGUUCCAGUUGAAGCACAAAGAACUUUUAAAACAUUUUAUGUUUUACUGAACUCUAACUUUUGUUAAAUAAAAAAAAAAAGAUUUUCAUUGUUUGUUUGUUUUCUCUCUUUCUCCCAACAUUCCUAACUGAAGGGAAAAUAAAACUAA